UCCACGCAGACACAAUGACAACGCAAGGUUGAACACUUCAGACAUCUAUUCCUGCCUAGUCGCCAAUAUUGACUCAAAGCCUCUUGUUGCAAACACGAUUUCGAAGAAGAAAAGCCAUCUAAUCUUGUUCUUCAACUCCUCUGGCAGCACCACACAACGCUUGUGUAAUGGUUGGGCAUCAUUGUUGACAGAAGACUCAUACGAAAUUAGAGAAGUGUAUAAAAGUGGGAAGCAGCCUGCCCUGGAUCAGUUCUGGUCCAAGAUGGCCAAGCUCACUCUGCUUACCGGUCUGGCCCUCCUGCUGAACGCCCAGAUAGGCACUGCCUAUGUGCUGUCAUGCUACUUCACCAACUGGGCCCAGUACAGGCCCGGCCUGGGAAAGUACAUGCCAGACAACAUCGACCCGUGCCUGUGUGACCAUCUGAUCUACGCCUUCGCUGGGAUGUCCAACAAUGAGAUCACGACCUAUGAAUGGAACGAUGAGACCCUCUACAAAUCCUUCAACGGCCUGAAAAACCAGAAUGAAAAUCUGAAGACCCUCCUGGCAAUCGGAGGAUGGAAUUUUGGGACAGCCAAGUUCUCUGCAAUGGUUUCCACCCCGGAGAACCGCAAGACCUUCAUCAAUUCCGUCAUCAAAUUCCUGCGCCAGUACCAGUUUGAUGGGCUGGACCUCGACUGGGAGUACCCUGGCUCCAGGGGCAGCCCAGCUCAGGACAAGGGUCUCUUCACCGUCCUGGUGAAGGAAAUGCUGGCCGCCUUCGAGCAGGAAGCCAAGCAGGUUGGCAAGCCCCGUCUGAUGAUCACGGCUGCUGUUGCUGCAGGACUUUCCAACAUCCAGUCUGGCUACGAGAUUGCUGAGCUCGGCAAGUACUUGGACUACUUCCAUGUGAUGACUUAUGACUUCCACGGUUCCUGGGAUGGAAAGACUGGGGAGAACAGCCCGCUGUACGAAAGCCCUGUUGACACUGGUGAACUCAUCUACUUCAACGUUGAUUACGCUAUGAACUACUGGAAGAACAACGGUGCCCCUGCUGAGAAGCUCCUGGUUGGAUUCCCCACCUACGGACAUAACUUCAUCCUGCAGAACCCAUCUGACACUGCUGUUGGGGCACCAGCAUCAGGACCUGGGCCUGCUGGACCGUACACAAGGCAGGCUGGAUUCUUGGCUUACUACGAGAUCUGCACGUUCCUGGACUCUGGAGCCACCCAGGCUUGGGAUGCCCCCCAGGACGUGCCCUAUGCCUACAAGGGCAACGAAUGGGUUGGCUACGACAACAUCAAGAGCUUCAACAUCAAGAUUGACUGGCUGAAGAAGAACAACUUUGGAGGUGCUAUGGUUUGGGCUCUUGAUAUGGAUGACUUCACUGGCACAUUCUGCAAGCAGGGCAAAUAUCCCCUGAUCACCACCCUGAAGAACGGUCUUGGUCAGCAAGGCAGCAGCUGCGUGCCCCCAGCUCAGCCCAAUCCUCCCAUCACUUCAGCUCCUAACACUGGAAGUGGAAGUGGCAGCGGCAGCGGGAGCUCGGGUGGCAAUACUGGUGGCACUGGUGGGAGCGGAUUCUGUGCUGGCAAGGCCAACGGCAUCUAUGCAGAUCCGACCAACAAGAGCAAGUUCUACACCUGCAACAACGGUGAAACCUACGAGCAGAGCUGCCAGGCCGGGCUGGUCUUUGAUCCCAGCUGCUCCUGCUGCAACUGGGCAUGAAGAUUCCAGGUCGAUCACAGCAGACAGACCCCUUGGGUCUAGUUCUGUGGAAUAACAAUGAUUAAAUAAAAUGCUUUGCAAAAGAAACCA